ACUUUGGGAAGCAGGAUUUAAAGAAAGAUAUUAUAAGCAAAAGUUUGGAGUUGAACUACCGAAUAAAGAAUUUCAAAACAAUUAUAUAGAAGGUCUCUGUUGGGUUUUAAAGUAUUAUUUUCAGGGUGUUCCAUCGUGGAAGUGGUAUUAUCCUUACCAUUAUUCACCUUUUGCAUCAGAUUUUAUCGAUAUUGGUGACAUUCAAGUCUAUUUCGAAUUAGGUGAACCUUUCAAACCAUUUGAACAGUUAAUGAGUGUAUUACCUGCACAUAGCAAAGAGCAUUUGCCAGUACCUUUUCAAAAACUUAUGACUGAAGAAGAUAGUGAAAUAAUCUGUUUUUAUCCUAAAGAAUUUAAAAUUGAUUUAAACGGGAAAAAAUUUGCAUGGCAAG